AAGAGCCGAAAGCUGCCAGUAGCUCAAAUUUGCGCUUCAGCACCAUCAGCCCAGUGGAGCCUAGGAUGCCUCCCCCUCCUGGAGUGGAAGCUGAAUGGCAGAUGCAGCCCAAACAUUCAUUAAUCGAGAGGCUUCCGUCCCCGGACGCCCCUGGAUCUUGGACAGGAAAAAAAAAAUCUCGGUCGGAUAUGUAGGAUGAGGCUAUCCAGGCCCUCUGAGCCCUUAGCCAGCAGUCACGGAGUCAGAUGCAAGAAUUGCCUAGGAUGGAGAAGAAAGAGAUCGAUCACGGUCUGGCUGCGGGUUUCCAGUGGAGAUGCUGCGCGAAGGGCACGUCUGCCCCGGAGCCGCUCUGUGCGUCUCUGCGGCACCCCGUCGCCUGCCGGCCCCUCUUCCCAAUUUGCCCUCCGGCCGCAGUCGUCUGCACAUGAAUAAUCCCCUGCACUUGUGAGUGAACCCACACAAGUUCCCCAGGCACGGUCCUCCUACCUCUUUCCCCCGGGGAAGGGUGGGAGCAGUUUUUCAACCAUAACCUUCCUGCCACCUGGGGGAAGGUGACCGUAUUGGGGGAGGAGGAAGGAUUGUUUUACUGAUUCCAAGGCAUCAGAAUUAGCUGCCGGUGCUAAAGUGGUUCGUUUAAUUCCUUUGCUCUUUGACAAACGGUGGGCGGACCGCUGCCGGGGCGCGACCCCGGGGUUCACUUCGCGGCCGGACGCUGAGUUUCAGACUGCAGCCUUGCUCCGCAUACACCCGGGCCCCUUUGCCGUUCAUCCCAAUCUGCAGACGGAUGAAUGUUGACAGGCAUCCUCUGAGCACUGGUUAAAGCCCCAGAGUGCUCACCUUUGCACCUACUGUUUUUCUGCCAUCGCCGCUGCCUUCUCCUCCUCCUUCUCCCCCUCUCCUCCCACCCUCCUCCUCCUCCCCAUUCCCACCCUCUCAUCAGCACCACUACCAAAAGACGUGCCCCUUUGGUAGAGUCGAAGCUCCCCGCCGAAACGAGGGGGAGGGAGACACCUCUGUCCCCCUCCCCCAUCUCUGCUUAAGCUCCGGGUUUUACUGCAGCAAUCGGAGGUGACAGCGCCACCUCGGUCUCCUCGGUAGCUCUCCGAGCCCCGGCUCCCCCCAGCAACGCGGGGGAAAGCGCCCCCUCCUGAGGGGCUAAUCUCCAGAGAAGUGCGAACGAGAUACAGAAAAGCGAAAUUUAAAAAUGUAGAAGUCACUGGGCUGCAUUCCUCGGAGGACAGCCCAAUCCCCCAAGACUGAGUGUCAGCGCAUAGGAAGUUGGGACCUUAGAGUGAAGGGGGAGGGGAAUGGUGCAACCCCGCAUUCUCUUCUGGAAGGAGUCGCUGCAAGCCCUGCGGUUGGACACAAGUUUGCGUAAGAGUGUUUUCCUUUUGUCAAUUAUUAAUCACCGGAAUCAGUUUGGCAGAACUGGAGUUUUAGCAGUAGUGCAGAGGGCGGGGCCCGAACACCUAACUCUGGGAGCCUCCCCUGCUCCCUGAGCAGUGGCAAGCUAACAGCAGCUGGGAAGAAGCCAGAGCAUCCAACCUUACCCAAAGGCAGGAGAUGAAGAAAUAGAGCCCCUAGAAGAGAGGUAAUCUACACCAGAACAUUCAGAAGAGAAGCACACCUGUGCAUCAGCCUGGCUCCUCCUGUUCAGGAAGACUGUCCACAGCUUGAAGAAGGACCAUGGAUUUCAAGAGUGUGAAGGAGUAUUUUGCUUGGCUCUACUAUCAAUACCAAAUCAUCAGCUGCUGUGCCGUCCUGGAGCCCUGGGAACAGUCUAUGUUCAAUACCAUCUUACUGACCAUUGUUGCUAUGGUAGUGUACACUGCCUAUGUCUUCAUCCCCAUCCACAUCCGCCUGGCUUGGGAAUUUUUCUCCAAAAUAUGUGGCUAUCACAGUUCAGUUUCUAACUGACCUCAUCGGAAUCCUGUGAAAUGGCAUGAUGUGUUGAUGUUGCUUACGACUUGUUGACUUGGGGACUGUGUCGUCUUUCACCUCUGACCUGACCAGCACUCUUUCUAUGCACUGGCAUCCUGCCUGGAGUCUGAGCUAGGUGCCCUUCCAGUCGCUUUUGUCCAGGCAGCAUUGUGUGUCUCUGACGAUAGGAAAUGCCAUGACUUUACCCUGUAUCCCACAUUCGCUCAAAACUCAAUUCCAUGGCUUUAGAUUUCUUUUGAAAUCAGGAUGCUUUCAAAUAAAACUCUUCUGGAAAAUAGGCUUAUAAGAAACCCGACAGUCAUAUUUAAAAUACUCUCUUCAUAUUAUUCUAUAUUAAAGGAUAUGUUACAAAAAGUAUUCUUCAUAGGCUACUGUCAAAAGUACCCUGUUCUUGUUUACAAUCUAUUAAAAGAUGUGAAUAAAAUAAACAAACCU